AUGGCUUCUCAUCCAGCGCGCGGCCAAUCCGAGCAAUGCACUUGUGAUCUCGGUCACGACUAUUCCUGCCAGCUUAGGGAUAAACGCGCCCCUGCUCUCUGCCCCCUAUGCAGAUUCUCGCUCGAGGACUUCGACGCCAUGGUCAAACAUGUGCGCAAGUGCAACAGACGCUUCAGCUCCACACUCACGCGCUCCGACUUCCCCAAUGCAUGGUUUCUGCAAAAUAGGAAAGAGAGCCCCUGUAAAAGGGGCAAGCCAUCUCAUGUGCUACAUGGACUGGCAGCACAAGUCAGAGCCACCGUUUGA